AUGGGUGUUACUAUUGACCCGACUGCAGCUGGAGACCACAAACCUACCGCUGAGCGAAACAAUAGGACGCUGAAAGAAAGAGUCAGAGUAGCUCUUGCACGAUUACCCUACAAAGUGGUACCAAAGGUGAUCACUGAAUGUCUUGGAUGUCAAGCCGCCGAGCUAUUGAAUGUCUUUCCCCAGAAAGACAGUAUCUCAUCACAUUUCAGUCCACAGCAACUCAUUGAUAAUGUCAAUAUCAACUACAAGAGUGACAUGGUUGCUGAACUUGGACAGUAUGUUCAUGCAAUUGGGACGGAUUCCAGCAAUUUGAUGGAACCCCAAAGUAUCAAAGCGAUUUACAUUGAACCUACGAAGGGACAACGUACUGGGCACCAAGUGCUCAACCUCAAUACUAAAAAGAUGAUUUCCCGACCCAAGGUUGUUGUACUACCCGUUACCGAUCAAGUAAUCCAGCGUGUUGAAGCUUGGGCUGCUGCCGAAGGUGUUACUUCCAUGAAGUUCUUUGAUAAGAAGAGAGAUUUGGAGACAUUUCAGGAUGGCAAUCAAAUCGCAGGAGUGGAUGACACGGAACAAGGUUACUUAGAAGAAGCCUUUGAUCAGGACAAUGAACCUGAAGAUGAAGAUGAAUGUGAUUUCAACCUACAUGGACAAUUUGAUGAUAUUGAUGACUCCGAAAGAGAAGAGCUCUUGGCAGAUGCAGACAAUGAUGUCCAUGAUAUGCCGGAACUCACUGUCAGAUUCCAAGGAGAUGAUGACUAUGAAUCAGACAAAGAUUCAGGUGAUGAAGGCAAUGAAGAGGAAGAACCUAUUGUGGCCGAUUUGGAUCACCAUCAAGAAAAUGUUGAUAGAGGAUCUGCUGUGCAGAUCUUCCUCCACGGCCACCUUGACCGCCUCUGCCUUGGUUUCUUCUACCAGGCAUCUUGCUCUGGACGAGGGUCUCACAGCAAGAAGGCCGAUAGACCAAAGCAAUACCAUCCUCACAAUCCUGACUUCACUCACGAGCAGGUGACAAUAUACUUGCUUGAGGCCAUUGCGCUCAAGAGCUUGGACUACGCUCAAGAUAUGAUCUGGAGUGUGAGAAAUAUGGCCCAUGUGGACUUUAAGGCUUUAAGAGGCACUCAAACGGUCUACAAGCCAGGGAAGAACGACUCCAAGUUCUUCAAAAGUUCAAGACAGGCUCAACUUGAUAGGAACUGGGAAAAUCUAAAUGUCAAGAUUGACAAGAGAGAGGUGAUCUAUACCACAAACCAAUAUACCGUGGCUGCGAUCAUCACCAAGCAUUUCAUCACUCAAGCAAUGAGAGAUAAGUUAAGCAAUGAAACGGAUUGGUUGGACCUCAAGGAAGACCAUGUGAUGUUGUUGAAGCGUAUCAAGACGUUCAUGACCAUCACAGAUGAGACCAAGUGGCAACACUUUGGACUCAUGGAAUCUCUCAAGAGAUUCACAAACUGCACUCAGAAGCAAAAUGAGUCUGUGAACGGUUACAGAAGACGGUUCGAAGCCCAAGCUGACCACGUGUUCGAAAUCCUUGGCACCGAUGUGUUGCAUGUCUAUGCGACCAAAACAAUGGGGUACCUAGAUCUGUACGAUUCGGAGGCCGAUCCGGACGAUAUCAAGGCGCUCCAAGAAACCUUCAAGAAAGCAGUUCUGGGCACAUUUAAAGCAAGUGCAUUUUUCUACAACUGCGACCGGUCUCGCUUCCAAAGCAUGUUGGACAAGGCAAACCAGACCUACGCCAUGGAAUUCAAGGAAUACGACCAAAGAAACAAAUAUCCGCCUACGAUUGACCAGGUUGCCAAAGCGCUGAUCAAACAUAAGCCGGACAAUAGAAAGAAAGGUCCGACAACACCGAGACCUACUCCAAGCGCAACCACUGCGAGCAGCAGUGCUCCUGACGGAGUGAGCAACGCACAGGCGAAUGCUUGA